AUGUCUUCCCGUCUCUUCACUUUCGGCUUCUUCGCCGCCUCUGUCUCCCAGGUCCUGGCCUCGUGCGCCUAUGGAACUCACUUGGAUCCUCGUGCUGAGGACGGAAAGGUCAAGGUUAACAACUUUGCUUACACCGGCAGCAAUGGCCCUUUGAACUGGGUAGCUCUGGAUGUUACUGCUAACCAGCUGUGCGCCACGGGAACCACGCAGUCUCCUAUCGACAUGGUGGCCGGCUCCUUCAAUGUUCUCCCCGGAAACUCCAUCAACCUCGAGAUCCCCGACAUGGCUGAGGGCACUGAGUUUGAGAACCUUGGAACCACUGUCGAGGUUAUUGCCAAGGGCGGAUCAAUGCAAGUUGGAGGCAGCAACUUCACCCUGCAACAGUUCCACUUCCACUUGCCGAGCGAGCAUCUCGAUGCUGGGAAGAGUAUGGCUAUGGAGAUGCACAUGGUAUUCGAGGGGGCCAACCAGGAGAUUGCCGUCAUUGGUACCUACAUCGAUCUGGAUCAGGGCGCUGCCGCUGCCGCCCCAGUCGCUGACGCUGCUCCCGCGAGAGGGAACACCACCGCCGAGCGCCGCACCAGGCUGGCCCGCCGCGCUGCUACUGGAGCGGCGGUCGAAGCCCCGAAGGCUAUUCCUGCGAUGGGAACCAACCCCAUCAAAUCCGAGGCUGCUUCUUCUAGCCUGCUCGAAACCGUCUUUUCGUCUCUCGAUGCCAUCAAGGAGCCUGGCACCGUCACUAAGACGGGCGCACUGAACAUGCAAGAAGUUGUUACCCUGCUCUCCGCCGGCAGCUUCCAAAGCUACAUGGGUUCCCUCACCACUCCUCCCUGCUCUGAGGGUGUUCAGUGGCUCGUCUCAACCCAACGACUCAUGGUCCAGCCUCAAACCUUCACUGCCGUCCGCGAUGUCAUUGGCUUUAACGCUCGAUUCCCCCAGAACACUCUCGGCCAGGCCAACAUCAUCCAGGUCGCCCAGCAGAGUCUGUCCAGCGCUAAGAUUGCCAACCCCGUUGCCGCUGCUCCUGCCGUCGCCGCUCCCGUUGCCGCUGCGCCUGCCGCUCCUGCUGCCGAGGCCGCCAAGGAAGCUGCUCCCGUCGCUGCCCCGGCCGUUCACGCGUAA